UAUCAAUCUUACAAAAUGAGAAUCCAGCAAUUCUCCAACAAGAGAAGAAAGAGAAAGUAAAAAUUUGGCAGACUGUACAUUGGGCUGAUUCUUUCCCUGAAGAAUUUCUUACUAUGGAUUCGAACGACAUAACACCACAAUUUGCUCUGACUAAAAUCAACUCCUUGUUGGAGAGCAGACGUUAUGAGGAAUGUAACAAAUUCAUAGCUAGAUUGAAUAACUUUACAGUCAAAUCUAUUCUGACUGAUUUACCUAUUUCCCAAUUACAUCUCACUAUUCCAAAUAGUCUUUCUGUCCUUGAUUGUAUUUAUAAUAAGGUAUAUGGGACAUCUACUUCCAACUUCCCCAUACAGUAUCUAAGAACAGAUGAAUUGUUGAAAAAUAUGGUCAUUUUAUUUUCCCAACCGACGAAUUCCAAUAACCGUGAUAAAAAUUGUAAUCUGUUUUAUCCAUAUUGUCGCAAUAUUCUGCGAAUUGUAGCCUCAGUUGAGCCAGAAUUUCUUCAAAUGGUAAAAGAGCGGAGAAAUCUUUUGAGUCAGAGCCUGAAGUUUCUGGGACAACACGGAAUGGUAAAAUCAGGGAUUAAAACUACUGGUAUUAAAAUGAUAAGUUUACAUGAUGCUUUAAAGAUUGAAUUUGAUCGGGUAAUAUCAUUAUAUAAAAGUGCAUUACAUAAAUUAGAGGAAUUUAGUUUGUCCGGUAAGAAUCCAAGUGAAAGCAGUGUUAAUACUGGGCCGGCACCGAGUGAAGCCAGCCAUCAGAGACUUUUACAAGUUACUAGAGAUGACGUACAAGAUCGUUUGAUCAAAAAUAAAACUAUCUAUAAUGUUGUUGAACGUGUUUUUACUGGCCAAGCUGUGGACAACUUAAUUGAUAUAUUAGAAAAAAGAAUUGAAUACGACAAACAGAUUUUGUUUCAAGAAAGUGAAUUACGCAAGUUAUAUGGUUUUGAUAAGAGUAAUUAUGUUUCACUGACUAUAAGACAGUAUUUACAUGGUUAUAAUGUCUUGGUACAGUUAAUUCAAGAAGGUUGUGGACUAGAGACAACCACUAGUGUAGAUGAUGAUGGUACUGAUAGUGACAAUUUAAGUUUAGGUAGUAAAAGACCAACUGAGUUGAUAAGAUUGUAUGGUAACUUAUACACAGAUGGUAGAUUAGAUGCUCUUGAUGCUUUAGAUGAUUUAAAAGAUUUAGAAGAACUGAGCAUCUUAAAGACCAAAAUAUUAUUUUCAAUUAUAGUGGUCUUUUUUUUUCAUUUAAUUUUUCAGCUAACAUUUCGGUCAACAGAAGAACUAUUAGAAACAACUAAAAGUAAACUACGAGAGUUAUUAAAUAUUCCAAACGAUGUAACAGAGAGUGAUAAACUGAGUUUAGAUAUACAGAAACAUUUAGAUCAUUAUUUACAACAGACUUUUGAUAGAUUUGAAUUAGAUUCACAUGUCAAGAAUGUUUGUGAACAGAUUUAUGAAACACUAUUUGAUUAUCCCUGUUUAAAACAAUGUGAAGGCUUGGUACAGUUUGUAGAAGAAUGUUUACAAAUAUCACUUGGUUUGGUCGCUCAGAAUCCCUCCUAUAUUAUAUGUUAUACAGAUACAGUAUUUCAGAGAGAUAGACAUAUUCGAUUCCAUACCUCUGAUCCUGGUACAGAUAAAAUUAAAAACUUUAUAUGGCCAUGUCUACUGGAAGGAGAAGAGGGAAUUUGUGUGUCAAAAGGUUUUGUGAUCACCUGAUCGCUAUGCCUUAAUGACUUUUCCCCAUGACUACCAAUAUGAUCCAAUCUCACUAACAAUACUAAUAUUAAAAAGGUUUCGUCGUGUCGUUUCUGUAUUUCUGAUGGAGAUAAUGUAGGUUACUUUACUGUCAAUUGUUAAUCAUAUUCGUGUUUGUGCAAUCGUUCACUUCACUGAUUUGAAACGGUUGGAAAUAAUCCACACAGAGCAUUACAUUUUUUUAUAAACCAAUGGCGAUGUUAGAAACGUCGAAACGUAAGGUAUAAUUAUUAAGCUAUGGAAUAUGCAAUUUAUAUUCUAUUAUAUGAUGAUGUCCCAUACAGAAACCCUAACCAAAAUUCGGCUUUCUUGUAUUUCCUACACAGACUCCGAGCACUGUUAAAUCUUGAUCUGAAGUUUUUUUGACUUGACAUUUUGGUAGUGUGUUAAAUAGCACAGAUAGGCUAAUUUUACUUCAUACCAUUAAAUUUCUGAACACAUAUUUACAUAUUAAUUUCAAUGUACAUUGUUUUGCCAGCCAAGAGAUUAUAUUUUGUAAUUCUUUCACUUUCAUAUUUUUGCUAUUAAACGUUGCAUCACAUUUUUCA